AUGCCUCUCGCAAUCAAAGCCUUCUUCGUCGCUCUUCUCUUCUCUUCCAUUUCUUCAGCAGCUAUAGUCGAACAUGUUUUCCACGUGGAAGAAGUGGUGGUGAAACCAUUGUGCCAAGAGCAAAUGAUACCGAGUGUUAACGGAAGUCUCCCCGGUCCAACGAUAAACGUUAGAGAAGGCGACACUCUUGUGGUUCAUGUCAUUAAUAACUCAACUUACAAUAUAACCAUCCACUGGCAUGGAGUUUUUCAGCUAAAGAGCUCAUGGAUGGACGGUACGAAUAUGAUAACUCAAUGUCCGAUCCAACCAAGUAAUAACUACACGUAUCGAUUUGAUAUCACGGGACAAGAAGGAACAUUGUUAUGGCAUGCGCACGUCAAUACUCUACGUGCCACUCUUCAUGGCGCGCUAAUAAUCCGUCCCCGAUCUGGCCGUCCUUACCCCUUUCCUAAACCUUACAAGGAAGUUCCUGUCAUUUUUGAACAAUGGUGGAACGCGGAUAUUGGACGUCUCAGAUGGCCAGUUCCGACUUCCGAUGGUUACCUCAUCAAUGGCCGUGCCGGAGAUUCAUAUCCUUGCGCCGAGAACAGGAUGUUUAGACUCAAGGUAGUACAAGGAAAAACAUACUUGCUUAGGAUUAUAAACGCAGCGCUCAACACUAUGCUCUUUUUCAAAAUAUCCAAUCACAACGUCACAAUUGUCGCUUUAGAUGCUGUCUACACGACGCCUUACGUUACCGAUGUGUUGAUGUUAACACCGGGACAAACCGUCGACGCACUUCUUACAGCUGAUCAACCAAUGGGAUUGUACUAUAUGGCUAUCAGACCAUACGUAAGUGCACAUGCAGAACCAUCCCCCGUUCAAGCCACUAGAGGCCUAAUCAUCUACGAGGGUGUCAACACCACAUCAUCAUCAUCCCCAGUGAUGCCAUCGAUGCCUGAGCUGAAUGACGUAUCCACCGCUCAUAGAUUCUCCUCCAAUAUCACAGGCCUGGCUGGUGGACCCCACUGGACACCAGUUCCACGCCACGUGGAUGAGAGGAUGUUCAUAGCGGUGGGGCUUGGCUUAGAGCCAUGCCCUCCGGGGACUAAGUGUCCUGGAUACUUGGGUCAAAGGUACGCUGGCUCUCUCAACAACCGUAGCUUUGUGUAUCCUGAAGCAAUCACUGUUCAAGAGGCUUACUUCUACAACAUGAAUGGAAUUUAUACGGCAGAUUUUCCCAGUCAGCCGCCGAUUAAGUAUGACUACGCAAAUUUCAUAAUGCGAUCAGAUUCUGACUACAAGAUGAUGUUUCCGGAAAAAGGGACUAGCGCCAAGAUGCUUAGAUUUAAUUCUACCGUAGAGGUGGUUUUGCAGAAUACAGGGAUCAUCACCGCCGAGAGCCAUCCCAUGCAUCUUCACGGCUUUAACUUCUUUGUGUUGGGUUAUGGAUUCGGUAACUAUGAUCCAGUUCGUGAUGCAAGAAAACUUAAUCUUGUUAAUCCACAAAUGCGUAAUACCGUUGGAGUACCUCCAGGUGGAUGGGUUGUCUUAAGAUUUAUCGCCAAUAAUCCUGGUGCAUGGAUGUUUCAUUGUCACAUGGAUGCACAUAUGCAGUACGGAAUCAUGAUGGCUUUCAUAGUUCAGAAUGGGCCAACUCCAGAAACAAGCUUGCAGUCUCCACCGCCCAAUCUUCCACAGUGCACUCGGGAUCCAGCGAUUUAUGAAUCUCCAACGACUACCAUUGAUUUGUCUUACUAGUAGUUUUUCCUCUUAAUUUAUUUUCUUUUUAAUCUCAAUGACAAUAAUCGUCACCAGUCACCAAUGCAAUACAAUGCGC